AUGAUGCAGUUGUCGAAUCGGUACCAACUGGAUGAGAACAUACGCGGAAGCCAAUACCUCAUUCCUGUGGCACUCAACGAUGUAUUCGUAAAGGUCACUUUCAUUUUGCUGAUGGCAUACUCUAUCUUUUAUACGGAUAUUCCUCUUGGUCUCGACACUACUCAUUUGAGUCAUGCCUAUGACAUCUUAUGGGCUUAUCAGAGGAUUUUCUUUGGACUAGCAUUGACCAUUCGCAGUCAGAAGCUUGAUCAUAUUUUCCGAAGACGUAAGAAGACUACGAAGGCUAUUGAAAAGCAUGCUGCUGCCACUGAUAAGUAUUACGAAGAUCUGAGAGAGAUGUGGUCUUGA